CUGUUUUUCAUAGGUCAGCACGGAUGCUGAUUUUUCCAACCGAGGAUUUUUUGGUUUUUAUAUCAAAAUUAGUUGCUUUCACGACACAAAAUAUAUUUCUCAACAAUUUGUAAUCAUUUUAAGUCUGUGCGCGCACAUUUGACAAGUGAAAUUAGAGCCACAAAUUCGACAUUUUACGCAGUGCAAAAACGCAGUCGUCACACCUUUGGACAUCACACCAAUACCAACAACAAAUACAUUAAUAAAAGAGAACGGCAAAAAAGCGAACGUAAAGUAAAGCAAAAGGCAAAAAGUCUUUUACAGAAAAGAGAAAAAAGAACAGCACACAAGUACUGAAUCUAGUACUUUUCACCGCUUCGAUUUUCGAUUUAUACCGAAAACCACACGCAUAACCUUUUGGAAAUAUUACGCAAGUAUUAUUUCUGGGUAUAUUUGUUAAUAAUCAUGGCUCAGUAAAGAUGAAUCCUCAACGAAAAAUAAUCGCGCAACGCACUCCGUGUGGAGACAAACGUCAACGCGAGACGCAGUUUGCUGUCAAUUGGCAGCAACAAACGGCCAACGCACAAUCCCCUCCCAUCUUUUUCAACCUUUCCACCAACGAGCUUUGCGGCCUAAGCGCAGCCAAAAAUAACAACUACAAUGGAAAACAACAACAAGAAGCAACAACAACGUGCAAACAAAUCAUCUGCUGAAGCUCAACGCAAAUCUAGUGACUUGUAUGUUAACAACAAAACACGCAAUUCUCGACGUCGCGAACAGCUUCCCACACCACGCAACGAGCAGCCACAGCGCAGCAACAAGCAACAGCAGCAGCAGCAGCAACAACAGCAGCCGGCAAAACUACGUCCUAAUGUGGACAAGCGUCCACGUGCCCGCGGUGGUGGCGGCGGCGGCAGCGGCAGUGGCAGUUCCGGUUAUGGCCAAGAGUCUGGCCACGGCGAUGGCCUUGCAUGCGCCAGUACGGAUAACACUCAUGGCGGCGCCGGAUUAGCAGCAGCGGGAGAAGGCUACAUGCGUAGCGUUCUUGACUAUGAACUAAACUCUGUGUAUGCGCACGGCAGCAAGAAGCAGAAUCUGAACCAUCUGCUGAACUUUCAUUGUGUGCCGCGCGAGACGUCAUCCUCAUCGGACUGGCAUGCGACUGGACAUGGUGGUACCCUGUCGACACGCCGUCAGCCACGUUACAACAAGGAGCAGUUCUUGCAGGCCAACUUUCAGUUUGUUAUACGCAGCAGCGCCAAAGCCCAAGUAAAUGGCUCGCCGGACACACUGAUCGAUUGGAAUCUAAUCGAACAGAUCAAUAUACACACCACCGAGGAGCCGCAGUGUCCCAUUUGCCUCUAUCCGCCGGUGGCUGCCAAGCUUACUCGCUGCGGCCACGCCUACUGCUGGCCCUGUCUGUUGCACUAUCUCUCGCUGAGCGACAAGUCCUGGCGCAAGUGUCCCAUCUGCUAUGAUGCCAUCCAUGCUGCAGAUUUGAAGAGCUGCACCAUCGAGCAGCAGCACGCCAUGAAUGUGGCUGAUACCAUCAGCUUUCAAUUGAUGCGUCGUCGCAAGGGUUCCAUGUACAUUGAGCGCUAUGCAGGCGCAGCCGCCACUGCUCUAGAGCCGCACGAGCGUUUCCCGCUGUUGGGCGCCGCAGAUGAGGCUAAACGCUUCUCCAAGUUUUUGAUUGCCAAGCGGUCGGAUAUUGCGGCCAUUAUUGAACGUGAACGCCGUGAACUUUGGGCAGAGUCCGAUGUGUCCUGUCCAGAGGAUAUUUUCAUACAGCAGGCGCUGCUGACACUGAAUGAGCGCUGCGAGAAGCUGGGUUUGGAGCCGGAGGAACAACAGCUGCCACAGCAGCCCCAGCUGGUAGAAGAAGAGCAGCAACAAGCCAAGACUCCAGAUAUUGAUAUUGAGAAGCCCGACGAUGCCUCCGUUUCAUCUUUAGGCGAGGCGAGCAACAGCAGCAGCUCCACAAUCCACAACAGCAGCAACAACAACAAAUAUUAUUAUUUCUAUCAGUCGAAUGAUGGGCAGAACAUCUACUUGCAUCCAUUGAACGUGAAAAUGCUGCAGGCAUGCUACGGCACCUUGGAUUUGGCACCCGUGCUGAUUAAGGCGCAGAUAAUACAGAAGGAGCAUCACUCCAUGGACGAGGAGCAUCGUCGCAAAUUUACGUGCUUGGGCCAUUUGCCUCUGACCUGCCAGUUUGCAGUUGUCGAGGUGGAGCUCCAGCCACCAAUUAUUUCAGGCAGCAUACUCAAGUUAUUCAAGGAUGAUCUACUUCAUCGCCAGAAGGAGCGUCAGCGUCGUGAGCGCGAGGAACGCAAACGUGAACAGCACAUCAAUGAGAUAAACGAUCGCCAGAUGGGCAAACUUAUUGCCAGUGCAGCCAAUUUGAAUCUUAACUCUACCCACGAGUUUCCCACUUGCGGCUUUGAGGAGGAUUUGCCGGCACCUCGAGGCGCCAUGCCCAUUACAAUUGCUCAGGUAAGCGGCCCGCGUUACUCCAGCGUGGCUGCAAGUCCCAAACAGGAGCUGUGGCCCACCAUUGGCAGCUCCUCCCCCGGUAACUCCUCGGGCUUGCGUCAUAGUUCAUCGGAGUUCCACAUGGGUGCCUGGGGUCUCGCUGCGCCACCGCCACCACCAGUAAACCGAGCAGCCGCUGCUGUUGCCAGUCGUUCCACACUGGAUGAGGAGCAUGAAUUGCGUGCCGUUGGACCCUGGGCGUUGGGCGAGUUACUUGUCGGCGCCUUGGGUCAGCAGAAGCAGCAGCAGCAGCGUGCGGCCAAAUCGAAUGUUGCUCCAGUGGAUGCUGUUGUUAGUAAGAAGCAGAAGAAGGCCAAGGGCAAGAAAAUGGUGCCCCUGUUCGCUGUGGGCAUGAACAGAGCUCCGUAAAUCAAUCCCAGAUGACAUUGAUUCCUGGCAUUAUUAUCCAAUUAACACAAUCUAAUACAUUGUAGUAAGAAAUUUUUGUUAGUGCGCGCCAAAGUCGCGGGAUUAUUUCAACGUUAUUACAAAUAACUUUUUCUGAACCAUAAAACCUUUAUAAUUUAAUUAAACCAUA